AUGGCCUCCUCUGUUUCAACUCCUUUCCCUAAUUCUCUUCACACACAUAAGAUCCAAUCCAACUUCUUCAAACCAACUCGUGUUUUAAUCCGUCCGAUCAAAGCUUCAUCAUCAGAGAGUAGUACUACUCCUCCUCCUCCUGAUCUCGCCGUAGCUACAAGAACCGGAUCCAAAGAUCUUCCGAUCAGAGGAAUCCCAGGUAACUACGGUUUACCGAUCAUUGGACCGAUCAAAGACCGACUCGAUUACUUCUACAAUCAAGGAUCAGAAGAAUUCUUCAAAUCUCGUAUCCGUAAAUACGAAUCAACAGUUUUCCGAGUCAAUAUGCCUCCAGGUGGUUUCAUAGCUGAGAAUCCACAAGUCGUAGCUUUACUCGACGGUAAAAGUUUUCCGAUUUUGUUCGAUGUUGAUAAAGUCGAAAAGAAAAAUCUCUUCACUGGAACUUACAUGCCUUCAACGGAACUAACCGGUGGUUACCGAGUCCUCUCUUACCUCGACCCAUCUGAACCAAACCACGCAAAGCUCAAAUCACUCGUCUUCUUCCUCCUUAAACUCUCCCGGAACCGGAUCUUCCCGGAGUUUCAAUCAACAUACUCAAACCUCUUCGAUAACUUGGAGAAAAAGCUCGCCGUUAACGGAAAAGCUAAUUUCAACACUCCUGGUGAAUCCGCCGCUUUCGAGUUCUUAGCUAGAGCUAUGUACGGUAAGAAUCCGGCGGAUACAAAGCUUGGAUCCGACGCGCCGGAGCUAAUCACGAAAUGGAUUUUCUUCAAUCUCCAUCCUUUACUCUCUUUAGGUUUACCUAAGCUUGUGGAAGACAGUCUUCUACAUACUUUCCGAUUACCUUCUUCGCUAAUCAAAUCUGAUUACCAGAGACUGUACGAGUUCUUCCUCGAAUCUUCCGGUGAGAUUCUCGUCGAAGCAGAGAGGUUAGGUAUUUCUAAAGAAGAAGCUUGUCAUAAUCUUCUCUUCACUACAUGCUUCAAUACAUGGGGAGGUAUGAAAAUCCUCUUCUCGAAUCUAGUUAAACGGGUCGGGCGUGCGGGUACGAAGCUCCAGAUCCGAUUAGCGGAAGAGAUCAGAUCUGUGAUCAAAUCCAACGGCGGAGAGAUCACGAUGAGAGGGAUCGAGGACAUGGAGUUAACGAAAUCCGUCGUCUACGAAUGUCUCCGGAUCGAACCUCCGGUACCGGCGCAAUACGGCCGUGCGAAGAGAGAUCUGGUGAUCGAAAGCCACGACGCUGCGUUUAAAGUGAAAGCUGGAGAAAUGCUUUACGGAUACCAACCGUUUGCGACGAAAGAUCCGAAAAUAUUCAAAAGAGCGGAGGAGUUUGUUGCGGAGAGAUUCGUCGGAGAAGAAGGAGAGAGGUUGUUGAGGCAUGUGGUUUGGUCGAAUGGACCGGAGACGGAGAAUCCGACGGUGGAGAAUAAACAGUGUGCAGGGAAGGAUUUCGUUGUGUUGGUGGCGAGGUUGUUCGUGAUUGAGAUUUUCCGGCGAUAUGAUUCGUUUGACAUUGAGGUUGGUUCGUCGCCGUUAGGUAGCUCCGUUACUUUCACGUCGUUAAGGAAAGCUACUUUUUAG